AUGUCGACCCUGAUGGACACGUGGGCUAGCGGGGUGUCGAAACUACGGGAGAAGUGCUGGCCGGGGACGGCGGAAGAUGAAGGCCGGCGCCGGCAACCACAGCAGCAGCAGCAGCAGCAGGAGGCCCUCAAGCAGAAGCCCCUCCGGCGGUCAACCCUCUCCGAGGUCACCGUCGGCUUGCUCAUGGACCGCUUCUCUCCCUGUUGA